AUGGUAACAACCAAGGUGGUAACCGUGGUGGACGAAGGAACCGUGGUGGUAACAGGAACCGCAAUGGACGAUCGCGUGCCGGCCGAAGCAGGCAAAGGAAAUAGACGUCUUGUUCUCGUUCUCUCAUGGUUUGUUGACGCAUAUAUCCCAUUGUUUAAUAUCAAGAGGCGAGGACCUUCAUCUUCUGAUUACUCACCACAUAACAUUGCCGCAAAUAUUCGAUUAAAAGAAAUAAGACGAAAUAACAAAACUGUUAACAACCGUCGAGGGCGUAACAGUCUAAAUCAACGUCGGAGUUGCGGUGUGCCAAACCUCGACGUGACACGGCCAAAGCUUAGCAUUGCCCUUCAGCGGACACAGCAAAAUUCUCAACAAAACUUGAGCUUGACCAUGAGCGCGCUGGAGGUGCCAGUGUCAGCAACAAGAAACAGAUUCAAGUCAUCAAACUCCCCAUCCACACCGACUACAA